AUGGUGCCAAUGGAUGACAGCUACAAUGGAUGGCGAUGUUUUAUUCUCCCCUUUGCCUGCGCCGACGGGAUGGUCAUGGAUGCCGUGUCCGCCGUGUCCGCCUUUCAUAUUUGUGAAAAGGGUGGCCGCCACCGCGAUCACCGACCCGAUAAAUUUUAUGCCAAGGUCAUCUCAGGACUACGAAGCAGGAGUACCCUAAAAGAAUGUGACCUGGAAACAAGACAGUCCGUGUUCCUUGCGAUCAUAGUCUUGUUGGUGGGUGUCAUGGUCAACGGAUCCUCCGACUUUCCGAUCCUGUUCUACAUGUUGCAGUCUGCGCUUGAGGCUGUCGGCGGGGAAAGCGGGCUUGGAGAUGGAGAAUUGACAAGGUUUCUGAUGCGCCAGAUCCGCAAAAUGCGAGUCUACGCAGCACCAUUACUCAGCCAGGAAGCCGGGGUACAGACAAUCCUGUCCUCGGCCCAGAAAAGCUUUGAUUGCUUGUACUUCAAUUCAGGUCUGCAUCCAGAUCACUCGUCAACAUUCGAUCUCAUUGUCGGCCUCCGACAGCAAGCCUAUGACAUAUACCUACAGCGGGCCAUGCUGGGACGCCGGAAUAUACGGCAUGUGGACCGCAUCGGACGCUUCAUAGAUACACUGCAGUCACUUCCAGAUACGGCUCCGGGCCAGCAUACCCUUAUCUGGCCAUCAUUUAUUGCGGCUUCGGAAAGCUGCCUGCCCGAGCACCAACUCUUCUUCAAGCAAUUCCUCGAGAAACAGUACCUUUUGAACGGUUUUUCCAAUAUCCUGAAAGCUCUCACCUUGCUGGAACGAAUAUGGGCUUCAGAAAACAGCGAUUCAUGGCCCUCCUUGCUCCCAGAGUCUCGAGUAUUUGUUAUGUAG